AUGAAUGUGCGAAAAAGAAUUGCUCAACAGGCUUACGAUUGUGAAAUCGGUGAAUCAAAUGCAUAUAUCUGCAAUAAUUUAUCGAAAUUGACAUUUAUACUGGAAAGCAAUCCAUUACAGUCGCUAUCGGAAGAAACAAAAACACUGUUACGGUUGAAUAAUCGAAGAAAACUUAAUGACGAAGAUAUUGAAAUUGUUAUCAAUUAUUUUUUAAAAAAUUAUGUCGAACAGUUGAUGUAUUUAAUGAAUUUGUUUUGCAAAUAA